CAAGAAACAGGAACAAGUUGCUCUUGCUGCUGCUGUUCUUCCUCCCUCGUUUGCCACUGCCACCUCUUCCGCCUUGAGAACCCCACAAAUCUCAACAGCUUCUUUGAUCCAGUGAUCGUUUCCCCACCAUUUUUUUAUUUCUACCAGAGAGAGAGAGAGAGCCUUGUUUCUCACUCUUGUUCUCCACCUGUGAGUUGUGAAGGGGAAAUAGAAUAAUCAACUCAACCCCAUUUCCUUGAUCUAUGCUGCUGCGCCCCUCUCUCUCUCUCUAAGUCGUCAGAACCUAUGUUCUGUACGCUAUGCUUCCGCCAUUAACGCCUCCUCGAUCACUGCCCGACUCUUGAUUCGAAGGGCCAUUUUACCACACACUCACACACCUUUACACUCUCUGCUACCAACUUCUCGAAGUUUUACCCAUAGCCACUCUCCUUCACGAUAUAACUCGCCUUUUCUUGUAUGCCCACUUCUUAGAUUUGUAUUUAUUUCCGACCCUUUUCGUUUUGUAAUAGAAUGUUGACUUGCAUAGCCUGCUCGAAGCAGCUAAACACCGCCGGAUCUCUGCGUGACCCGCCGGAAGACGAUGAAAACGACGCCACUCCUUCCACCAAGCAGGCCAUUAAAGCCCUUACUGCCCAAAUCAAGGACAUGGCAGUAAAGGCAUCAGGUGCAUAUAAGAACUGCAAGCCGUGCUCGGGCUCGUCGGGCCAGGACCGUGGCGGAGCCUACUUGGACUCGGACGCCGGCUCAGUGUCAGAGAGGUUUUAUGGCUCGUACAGAAGAGCAGGCAGCUCAAACUCUACGCCGCGGCUUUGGGGAAAGGAAAUAGAAUCCAAGCUGAAGGCCCUUUCCAGUGGCUCGGCCACCCCUGCUUCAGUUAGCGGUAGAACUGAGUCAGUAAUGUUCAUGGAGGAAGAUGAGCCGAAAGAAUGGGUUGCACAGGUUGAGCCAGGGGUGUUAAUUACCUUCGUUUCAUUGCCUCACGGUGGAAAUGAUCUGAAGCGGAUCCGGUUCAGCCGAGAGAUCUUUAACAAGUGGCAAGCUCAACAGUGGUGGACAGAGAACUACGACAAAGUUAUGGAAUUGUACAACGUCCAGAGGUUUAAUCGUAAUGCAGUACCAUUACCAACUCCGCCACGUUCAGAAGAUGAGAACUCAAAACUUGAAUCUGCUGAGGGUAGCCCUGAGACACCUCCAUUAAGCAAAGAGCACAUACCUCGUCACUUCCAUCACCCAACAGGGAUCGGUUAUUCAUCCUCAGACUCACUCGAUCACCAACCAAUGCAAUCUUGUCAAUACAAUGAGUCAGGUGGUCUGAAUUCAACUCCAAAGCUCUCCAAUAUGAGUGCUGCAAAAACGGAGACAUCAUCCAUAGAUGCUUCUGCUCGAUCCAGUUCUUCAAGGGAGAUUGACCACUCUGGAGAACUCUCAGUGAGCAAUGCCAGUGAUUUAGAAACUGAAUGGGUCGAGCAAGACGAGCCUGGAGUCUACAUCACCAUUAGAGCUUUGCCAGGUGGUGCAAGGGAGCUUCGUAGAGUGCGGUUCAGCCGAGAAAGAUUUGGAGAAAUGCAUGCAAGGAUGUGGUGGGAAGAGAACAGAGCCAGGAUUCAACAACAGUACUUGUGAUUUGCUAAACUAAGCAAGGAGCCUCAGCCAUUAUCUUGAAUUCUUUCAUAAAUAGGCUUCUGUGAUCAUCCACAGUGCUGCAUAGUUCACCCAUAAGUCAUUUAAGCUUGUCUAACGUCUCCAACUUACAACUUUCUCUCUAACUUCUUGAUGAUUGCCGUUUACUCUGCUCGACCCGGGUUUUUCUUUCUCAAAUGUGGGAAUUUACUAUUAGUUUAUAGCAAAUUUAUCGUUUUGUCCUUGGUCAUGGUUUUGGAUUACAUUUGAAACACCCGCUUGGCUACUAUGGUAAUGGUAUGUAAACUUGUAGAAAUCUUGAAAAUAGAGGUGUUAAAAAUUGCGUAGAUCGUCGAACGUGUCCAAUUUACUGCCUUUGUAGCUUGCUUUAGUCCAUAUAUGAAUCUGUUUACGGGUUCGUUUUCAA